UAGCGGAAGUUCCUUGCUGAGCGCUCAGUCGACGCUUUGUGUUGAAGGUGAUUUUUUUUUCAAUUUUGAAAAAAAUCUAAGUGAAAGUGUGACGGUUCGAAGAUGAAACACGUACUGCUAGUCUUUGCGACAUUUUUCUGUAUCGUUUUUGGAAAACGGUAUCCGCGGGAUUUCACUGACUCCGUGGGAAUGAUUCGUCGAAAUUAUGCUGGUGGAACAGUGCCUAUGAAUGGUCUGAAUUUCACGAGAGAAAAAAAUAUAAACUUGAAAAAGUUUUAUGAGAAUUCCGAAAGAGUCAGUAUCGUUGAUGACAGAUUGAAGUUUAACGGAACUGAAAAUUCUUUUAAAAAUUAUCCAAAAGUAAAUCAAUUUCUUUUGAGACGUACGAUGAGUAGGAACAAUGAUUUGAAGACACUAAGUCAUCAGGAUCAUUUAAAGGGGAAUCGUAACCAAGAUCAAAAAGAAAAUUCAUUUAAGGACUUGAAUAAAAAUAAAAAUAUCAAAGAAGUCAUUAAUCAUGAUCACGUGGAAGAGAACGUUCAUAACGAUUUAAAGCGAACCAUUGACGUUGACACGAUUUUGAAAUUGACUGCUGAAAGAUUGAGGAAUUUGAGUGCGCGGAUGGAAUCUCAAAGGAAAAAGACAUUUUUGAAUGAAAAACCGAAAUAUAAGCGUAACGAUGAAAGAGGUUCAAAUGCUCAUACGAGACAUUCCGAAUGGCUCAUUUUACCGAAUCACAAUGUGAAUUCGAUUAAUGAUUUUAAAAAGGAUUCCAUCACUGACGAGUAUCGUAGUAAGUCGAUAGUUUCAUCGUAUCGUCAGCCAGGAGUGAUAAUCAAAAAAAACCAAAUGUUGAGUCACGGACAAUCGGAUCUCCUGAAAAGUGACAACGAUAAAGGAAGGAAUGUUGUAAAUUAUCAAAAUUCUAAUUUUAAUGUGCAAGAUAUGAAAAAGUCAGAAAAUCCAAAUGUCCUAAAUACAGGUAGACGAAAUCCUGAUAUUUUUAAAUACAAAAUCACCGGCAUGAGAAAAGGAAAAGGUUUUGAAAAUUUAGGUUCUCGCAUACCCAAUAUGAGGAAUAUGCAAAACGAAAAUACCGAUAUACAAGAUGGAAUAAAUUUCGAAAAACGAAAUUUUGAAAAAAUCGUUGCAGACGAUUCACAAGUUGCUAAUCUCACAGUUCGAAGUCCUACGGAUUAUCCAAGUUUGAAUAACAGUCAGUAUCCGAAAUUUGACGAACAGGAUACGGUGGAUUACGAAAAUUUGAAAUUUGGUAAACAAAGUUUAAGGGAUUUUGCGGAAUCUGAAAUUCCUACAACGAGGAAUAAUAUGGAAAAUUCAGAAAUAAAUAUUCCAACAAGCAAUUCCGUAUCACAGCAAUUCGAAACUUCAUGGGAAUCCAAAAAUGGCGUUAAUGCAAAAUCAAUUUUGGAAAAUCGUACAAAAUUUCAAACAUUUUCCUUCGAACCUGGGCAGCCUAACCAAUAUCCUGUAUUACGAGAAAUAUACCGCAAGGAUCUAGACUCAAAUUUUCAAUUGUCUUCAAAAAAGGAACGUAGAGGAAUUCCCGUGGAUGAUCCUUAUUAUUUUGACCGUGAAAAUUUCGAAAAUUUACCUGCGGGUGAAAUUUUUCAUGAAAGUCGUGUCGUCGUAGAAAAUUCCAUAGUACCCACAAAAUUGUACGCGAAGGACGAUUUGGAAAAAGUUUUAAAAAGCGUGCGAUUUUUUCUUGAUCAUCGUAUAAAGCGAGAAGACUACUAUCGAUUACCACUGAAGGAAAAUAAAAAAGAUUCGACUAUUAGCUCCAAGAAAUUUUCCAAAAAUCACUCAAAACUUGGCAAUGACAAAGAGGAGGUAUCCAAAAUCAGAAAUUCUAACGAACAAAAAUCUCGAAAAAAGAAAAUUUCAAAUAAAGUUCCUUCCCCGACAAAGGAUUCAAUUAGGAACAGAUACAUUGAUGAACGUUCGUUAAAUCUCAAAGAUCAUGUACAUGAUUAUUAUUUCCAAGAAGAGCUUCUUACCAAAGCGGAAGAGCAAGAUGAUUUUAGCGACAGUACUUUGCACGAAAAUCAUACAAGUUCAUUAAAUCUAAAGAAUAUUCCAAAAACGACGGAUAUGGUAAUCUUCAAAAGAGAAAUCGACAAAACUGAAUCAGCGAGAGAAAAUCCAAGCAGUUCGAAUUUGACUGUGUCAGAAAGGAUACAAAAAAAUUUCGAAAGCAUAAACUCAAGAAACAAAUUCAAAAUUAAAAAAAAACGGACACACAAGGAUGAGAAGGAUCGGAAGAAAGUUUCAAAAAUUGGACUCAAAACGAAAGUAUCAAAAAAAAAUCAUCGCAAGGCAAACAAAAAUGACCCAUCAAAAUUCAAACCAGACGAUACGAAGGAAGUUAAAUUGAAGAUCAAGGUAAAUAUCCCCGAACAAGAUCAUCAAGCACCAGACUUCAACAAUGAUAGAGUCAAAACAGAAUACUUCCCGAUGACCAACAGCGUGAUGGAAGAUGCAUUAAAUGAAGAUCAUUUAAAUAAAAAUAUGGCAAUUCCGGUCAAGAUCAACGAAAAUGAUCUGAUGGAUGAUUUCAUCACUUAUAAGAACACGCCACUGCUUUCGAUGGGUCCUAUCGCGAAGAAAAACAAGGAAGGGAAGGAAACUCAAUCAAAACGUAAAUUAAUAGCACGAGACAAACCGACGGACGAUGACUUUGGCCUGUAUGGCUCGAUCGAAAGUGACCUGAGUAUGGACUCAAAUUUGAAAGACGACAAAUUUCAAGAGUCAAAUCAUGAAUCGAAGUCAUCAGUACCAGUCGAUGACACAGAAGGCUUCAUGGAAACUAAUAACGCGCCCUUACCGAUAAAUCCGCCGAAUUCACAAGAUUCAAGACGACUUUUGGAUAAUGAUCAAAUCACACCGUUCAGGAGAAACAAUCUCAUAUACAAGCCAUACGGUAUGGAAGGUGAAUCAAGAUCUAUGAAAAAAAGAUUAAGAAUUAAACAAUUAGUUAGUGAACCAGAUUUCAUAAGAUUCAUCAAUACAAGCAGCAUCAGGUUGGCCGCUCCAGAUUAUUUGAAACCAAUUGAUGUGAAUUUUGAAGCUCAUGGUAAACAGCCGUGCACGACAAGUAAUAAAAAAGGAAUGGAUGAGUGUUCGGAAGAAGAGAGUGGGGAAGCUAAGAAUGUUCAUGAUGACGAAAAGAAAACGUGGCCAAUUUCUCCGGGUCCGAUUACAUGCAAUCCGGAUUAUGAAGUAACAACAACUUUCGGAACGGAACCCACCGAAUAUCCGUUUGUGGUAUCAAUCCAGUAUCAAAAUAUUGUAACCAAAAAUUUGUCGCACAUUUGCAAUGGAGUCGUUGUUGGUACAAGGUUCAUAUUAUCGGCGGCACAUUGUUUAAACAAUCGUGACAAUUUUGAGUUGGUGGUACAACGUUCUAAUGACCUUUGUGACGACGAAGAGAAACCAGUACCUGUGGCCUUGGUGAUGGAGCACGAAAAUUACAACAGACACACGAGAAUGAAUGAUUUGGCUCUAUUGAGGUUAAAAUACGAAAUCGACACGGACCAAGUGUCAUUUCCUAAAAAUGACAUAAUAUUUAAUGAUUUCUAUUCCGUGGGUUGGGGUGAACUGAUGUGGAACCGAUUUGCAAAAAAUGUUACGAAAAUUCAGCAAAAACUGCCUGUAUCCAGGUACUCUGACAAAACAAAGGAAAAUGCAGGAACCAUAUACAUGAGCAUAGCUGGAUUGGACAUAACUGGAACUUUUAGGGGUGACUACGGGGGAAUUCUCUUGAAUGAAGACAAAGAAUUGAUUGGGGUGCAAUCAAAAUUCUAUCCAGAUGAAAAUUACGAAGUUUUCAUGAGGGUCAGGACGUAUCUUCCUUGGAUAGAAAAUAUGAUAAACUCGAGUAAACGACUCUUGGAGCAUCCUUAUAAAUUCCAACCAAAGAAAGGCUAAGAGAGACAUAGAUAAAUGAAUAACAAUAAGCAUACAUGACAAUGUACUAUAAAAAGUCAUUGUUAAUAAUAUAUUAAAAUAAAAACAGAAUUCUUCACUU